UCCCCAUGGAGCACCACCCUCUGGGUCCCUUCUAGCUCAGGUUUUUCUCUGAUGCAGAAGACAGACAUUUGGGGGGUGAGAGAAGUCAGCCUCAGACCACGUCACUCUCUUACAAUUUGGAAUCUCAUGUGUCCACACAGCCCAUCUAGCUCUUACUUUAGGAGCCAUGACUCCUUUUACAUAGUGGAGGGGAAAAUAUACAAAUUGAAUUUUAGGCUAUUAGGAAGCCCUUUUAUAAAAAGUGAACGAUUGUCACUUAUUCAUCAUUGUUUUCAUAAAUGUAGGCUUUCUCUGAUUGGCUUAAUGUGGAGUGCUCCUCGUGUUGGUCUCCCAGCUUCCCAGGUGGCUCUGGCACUACCUCUUCAUGGGCACGUGGCUUUCGUUCACCUGAUCCAUGGCAGCGGCAGAGCGCUGGGUUGGACUGUUUAGCCUGCAUCGCCUGGAAGGGUUGGCUCUGCUGUUUCCUCCUUGUGUCUGUUUCUCCACUUUUCCAUUUACUUAGACACUCAUCAUUCUUACUUCAGAUCACUGUUACUUGGAGUAUUCUUUUCAUCUCAAAGCCCUACAGGUGAGGCCUGCCUCCAUUUCCUUUGUUUGAAACAAAGGAACUAGGGAGGCCAUACCUGAGCUGUUUUUCUUGGUAAUAGAAUUAUGGUUGUGUUACUUGCUCAGGUGAGGUGACAUCUUAAAGGUGCAUCCCAGAGCACCUGCUGCACCCCCUCCCCCAAGCAUCUGAAGACAGAACUGCCACCAGUGCAUCUGGGCUGAAAGCAGCUUGGGACCCUGGCCACUUCCCCUUAUUGGGGAAGUGCCUCUCUGCCCUGAAGGGGUGGCUUCCUUGUUCACUUAAGAGGCUCCAUCCAGGAUUGACCUGUAAGCCCUGAGUGACACCUCUAGUUCCUCCAUGGGCCUCUGGCCCUGGCAGGAAGUCUGAGGGAUGGGGGCAAGUAUGCACGUCAGGGAUAAAGUUGCUGCUGAGGUCAUGGGGCUUGUGGAGAGAGCAUGGGCUCUGGAGCCGCAGCCCUGGUUCAAAUCCUGAUUCUAGAUACCUAUGUGUCCAGGGCGAGUCGCUUACUCCCUCCGAGCCCGCAGUUUCCCAUCUGCAACAUUUGGAUAUAGUACUUCUCUCUUAUGUUUGUUAAGAAUGAGUAAUAUAUACAAACACUUGAGCUAAAGAGGUACUCAGUAAAUAGUAGUUAUGCUCAUUUUUCUCCAGGAAAUGAUUACUUUCUCAUAUCGACAAACCUGGAGAGGAGGGGCGUCUGCCCCCCUGCCUUGUCUCCCUCCACACUUUUUCCCACUGCGUUCCUGGAGACACCCUCCCUUCAGCCCUGUUUCCCUGGGCUCUAGCAGAGAGGGUCCGGUUGGGUUGGGUUCAUCUUUGCCAGCCUUGGAUUAUGCUGAGGGUCUGCACAAGUGGCUCUCUUUCCAGGCACUUGCCUACACGCAGUCCGGGGAGCUUUCCUUCUGUCGUGGUUUGCAGGCUUUUACCAAGAGCAUGUGUUUGUUGGGAAUAGAUGUUCAGGACCGAGACAAACACUGUUGCCAUGUGCUUUAGGGGCAGCAGGUAUGGGUCUGAUGCAGUCAGCUUUUUUGAGGCUGCUUUCUGCUGCCCUGUACCCCUCUGCACCUGAGGAGCCUAUAUCAGUUGCAUGCGCUUAAGAGAUUGGGGCAGAAUCAGGCCAUUACCUCCUGGCUUUGAUAAAACAGGAGAUGUGGCAGCCCUUCUGGAAAACACUCUUCUGGAAGAGCUCUUCUCCUUGGAGCUGGUGACACUGAGCCCUUUCCUUGCCCUGUGGGCCCCACUUUCCAAUCCUCGCCCCCCACGAACUUAUGUGAAUGGCAGGAGCUGGUCCAGCUCCCCCCCUAGGUUUCGGGAUCCCAACACACAGUUUUGUUUCAGCAGCAUUGAGUUGAGCCAUCCUCCAUACCCCAGCUUAGGAAAGUCGAGGGCGGGCACGGGAAGGUGGCCAUGAGCAGAGGGUGCGUCCACCCGUGCUGCAGAGUCCCAGCCCGCAGUAUCCGCGUGGCGGCCAGGCUGUGAAGGAUGGAGAGCGUGGGCUCAGGCCUGCCUGUGACCUCUGUCUUCUGUCUGAUGGGUCAGGAGGGGGCUCUCCCCAGGACCUCGGGGAACACCAGCCUUCCACUCAGACCAGAGCAGAUUUCUUGUUUAUUCUGAAUGAUCAUUGUCAGAGUUCAUGUUGUCCUUGGGCUUCUGGAUCUAGGUGAAGAGGCCUGGGCUGUGGGGUUGCCAUCCUGGGAGGAGGAGCAGGCGUGCCAGCCAGCAGCCCUUAACUAAGCAUGGGAUUGCCUGGUGUGACUGGUUUUGCAGAGGGUUGUGUCCUGAAGUGCCCCAAUAUGGCACUUGAAUCUCACUCCUCUUUUGGGCUGUGGGCCUCCGAGUGGCCAGCUCUGGAGCUGGUUACCCGUAUCCUCAACAAGCAUGUUUUACAACUCAUCCCACUGUCUGGAGUCCAGGGAGGGCGAGCCUUCCCCCUGGCCUGGGCCACUCUGGCUGCUGUCAUCAAAGACCUGUUCUGUCUAGCCAGCAGAAGAGAACGCUUGAUUUUCUCUUGCUGAAGCCAGCCGUUUAGCUGUUGAGUAGCUGUUAAAUGCAGGCUCCUCUAGGGGCCUGAUCUCCCAGCACACAGAGCCCCUCCUUCACCAGGGCCACCAACAGCCUGUUGGGAUGCAGGUGCCUCCCAGCACGUUUACAGGGUGACACGUGGUCCCUGGGUUUGUGUCUCUGUACAUGUUACCGUUUUUGUCUCCUCAGCUGUACUGGGGGUUUGGUCCUGGUUUCCCCUUGUCCUUGGUACCUCUCCUCCCAUGUCCUCCUCCGCCAGAGAGUGAAUGGCCUGCCCUGGGCCUGGCACUUCUCUGCUGGGCUCUGACGGCCUGGAGAGAAGUCUCUUCCCAAGUUGUUUGGUGCGCUCACCUGAGGACUAUCAGUUGUAAUGUCCGUAUUUUGUCAUCUGUUUUUGUGAUACUGCGCGGCUUAUCUGCCUGGCAGAGGCACAAUCAUUCCUGAAGUGGGGGCGGGGGUCACUUAACCCGUGGGCUGUGCCCUCAGGACAGUGUCCCUCCUCUGUCCCCUCUCUGGCUGUCCUAGAAACUAUUGGCCAAAACUACAGAACUGUUCCUUCUCUAUUCUCCCUGAUAAGCUGUUUCCAGCCCCUGGAGCUGGGGGUAAAGUUUGGCCAUCUCUGCCUUUUGUAUGCGUGUGUAUUAGGCAACAGCAGGUAUUGGAAAAUCUGUCCUUUUGCUCCGAUGCUGGUGCUGCUGUCUCCUUCUCCCUCGGUGGCAGAAGCAGCAGCUUCUGCUGCGAUGUCCGAUCCCUGAUGUGUUUUCCUGAGUGUGGAAGGGAGGAGGGUGGGCAGGGGAGGAGGGGGGGAGGGCCAGACGUUAUGCGAGCGAGCAAGGACUGUGGAGCCGGCAGCAGGCAGCGUGAGAGCCCAGGAGCCUUUAGACAAAGCAUUCUGCUGCGGUUCUGGACGCGCACACAUCCACCAGCAGCAGGCCGGACCAUGGCUGCCCAGCCGGGGGAUUACGAGCAGGAAUGAAUCAGCAGCCGGGGGACACUUGACAUCAAGGACAUACAAGAGCCCGCCACUUAGGUUCCUGGAAAAGACGGCCCCACUCCAGGGCAGGGGAGCUCAAGCAGCCCCCAGACUCAGCAUCUCGCAGUGCUGCUGCAGUGUGCAUUGGGACCCUGACCACCAUCUGUUCAGCAGAGGACAGAGGAGAGGGGGAGCCUGGGACAGUGGGUCACCAGGGUCUCCUAGACAACCAAGCCACCUGGCCUUGGCCUGCCCCGAGGGGCAAAGUGCUGGGAACAGCAUAAUGACUUUCACCGUGUCAAGAGUUCUCCGGAGGUGAUGUUUUUAUAGUUGGUUCUUCUUUUUCCUUCCUUGCACCUCUUCUUCCCUUUUUCCUUUUUUCUUCUUUUAUCUGUUCUUGCCCACGAGAACUGGAGAAGUAGGUGGGGUUAAGGCGUUCAGCUCAGAACAUCCAAGGUCUGCCCGGAAGGGCUGAACUUUCUUCCUCCCUGCACCAGCAUGCUCCCCUGUCCUACCUGAGGACCGGAGCAAAUGCAUCUCCUCCCCUCCCUGCUCAUCCUCAGAGAAGGACAGCAAGCUCCGGAGACCCUGGGAAGACAGUUGCUGUCUUUAUCACUCAGCCAAAGAGAGAGCAGCGCAGAAUGGGAAUAGACUUGAGCCACCACAGCUCAGCUGACGGAGGACCGCUUCCUUUCUCUCUCCUUUAUUGGGCUGGGCUUUGUCUUCUUUAGCCAAGAACUGGAUCUGCCCGCCUGCUUUCCAGCCGAGCAGGCAGGCCAGUCACGGGAGCAGCCAGCCACCGUCGGAAGAGGACGAUGAACGCCCAGCCCCCGCCACACAGCCCCGCCCGGGAAGGCGGCCCCGCGGACAGCGGCCUGGCCAGGGAGACGCCCCGCUCGCCGGCAGCCGGAGUCUAGCUGGGGACCCGGCUCCCGGCCGGAGCUCCGGCCCAUGCGCGCGCGCGCACCCGCCCGCACGCACCGCCCCGACUUGAGCCUCUGAGCACGAAGUGCCGGUGGCCAUGGUUUGCUUGUUCCGGGACUGCUGGGGAAAGACAAGUAAAAGUCUCCUUUCUCCCCUUGCCGGGUUCCUGCUGCUUGUGUUGCAUGCGCUGGCUCCCCGUGACCGUGACCGUGAACGGAGUCCUCGCUGUGGUCGCUGUGUCUGUGUCCCAACACUGCAUGAAGAGGCGCGCUCGCCCCUGACCGGCCUGUGCUGCAAGGUCGCGGGACUUGUCCCUCGUCCCCGGCCCCUUCUGGUGCCCGUGGGGACAGACUUUCUGAAAUACCUCCGAGGAGGCGGACGAGCGCCGACCCGGAGAGCGUUGGGGCUUGGCUCUCCCGAUCCCUGGGCAGCGGCCGUGCAGGUGCUGCGAGGCCCCGGAGCAGCAGGACCCAGGGGGGUGCGUGAGUGGGCCGUGGCCGCCCGGUGCCCUUGGUGCACCCACUGAGGAGGGGCCGCGGGGCCACCACUCUCCCUCCUCUAGUACGGAGUGUGGCUGCUUUAUGGUAAUGACUAUGAUGUGGCAGUGCCAUCUGUCUUCCUCUGAGUGCCGCUGCUACCGCCUCAAUGGUUUUUCCCUUUUCAAGCGUCUGCCGAUUCCUCUCUCGUCAGGUUCGCGGCCGCCGGAGCAGAGCGUCGGGGAGUGGCUGGAGGCCGUGGGGCUGCAGCAGUAUGAGAGCAGGCUGCUUCUCAAUGGCUUUGACGAUGUCCGCUUCCUGGGGCCUAAUGUGAUGGAAGAUCAAGACCUGCGGGAAAUCGGCAUCAGUGACGCACAGCACAGGCGGAAGCUGCUCCAGGCUGCGCGGUCCCUGCCCAAGGUGAAGGCUCUGGGCUAUGAUGGGAACAGCCCCCUGUCAGUGCCCUCCUGGCUGGACUCCCUGGGCCUGCAGGACUAUGUCCAUUCCUUCCUGUCGAGUGGCUACAGCUCCAUUGACACUGUGAAGAACCUCUGGGAGCUGGAGCUUGUCAACGUCCUAAAGGUGCACCUGCUCGGCCAUCGCAAGCGCAUCAUCGCCUCCCUGGCAGACAGACCCUACGAGGAGCCACCCCAGAAGCCCCCCCGGUUUUCCCAGCUGAGGUGCCAAGACUUGCUCUCGCAGACGUCGUCCCCCCUGAGCCAGAAUGACUCCUGCACCGGCCGGUCGGCUGAUCUGCUGCUGCCUUCUGGGGACACGGGCAGGAGGCGGCACGACAGUCUCCAAGACCCUACGGCGCCCUCUCGGGCCGAGCGCUUCAGGAUCCAGGAAGAGCACCGAGAGGCCAAGCUGACCCUUCGGCCCCCAAGCCUGGCUGCCCCCUAUGCCCCUGUGCAGAGUUGGCAACACCAGCCGGAGAAACUCAUCUUCGAGUCCUGCGGCUAUGAAGCCAAUUAUCUGGGCUCCAUGUUGAUCAAAGAUCUGCGAGGGACAGAAUCCACGCAAGACGCCUGUGCCAAGAUGCGGAAAUCCACGGAGCACAUGAAGAAGAUCCCCACCAUCAUCCUGUCCAUCACCUACAAAGGUGUCAAGUUCAUCGACGCCUCCAACAAGAACGUCAUCGCAGAGCACGAGAUCCGGAACAUUUCCUGUGCAGCCCAGGACCCGGAGGACCUCUGUACCUUCGCCUACAUCACCAAGGACCUGCAGACCAGCCACCACUAUUGCCACGUUUUCAGCACGGUGGACGUGAACCUGACCUAUGAGAUCAUCCUGACGCUGGGGCAGGCGUUCGAGGUGGCCUAUCAGCUGGCCCUACAGGCCCAGAAGUCCAGGCCGAUGGGGGCCUCUGCUGCCGAGAUGAUCGAAACGAAAUCUUCCAAACCGGUGCCUAAGCCUCGGGUCGGCAUGAGGAAGUCAGCACAGCUGGAAGCACCCGAUACGGACCCAGAUGCCCAGUCCCAUGCCAGCGUCUCCUGGGUUGUGGACCCCAAGCCAGACUCUAAGCGGAGCCUCAGCACCAAAACGGAGCUGAUGCUUCUCCACAGUGUGGGGACCAGAGAUAGUCAGCUGGCACCCGGUCCUGAUCGACCACCCUCAGCCUCUUGACUCCUGAGAAGGAGUCCAUCACCUCAAAGCAGUUCAGCAGCUGGGAUGGUGGAGUUGAGGCUUUCAGAAGGCCCACGUUCUCGCGUGAGGGCAUGUCAGCUUAGAUGGCGGGAGAGGAGAGCCAGUUUCCGUGGGAAGAAGCACUGUACACGUAGCGUGGCCCAGUAUGAGAGCCAGUAAGUUGCAGCGGUUGCUUUAUGAGUUGAAACCCAAGUCGACAAACCUGCCUGUCCUCGUGCCUUCCAAGCAGAUGCGCUGAGCCACGGCGGGUGCUCAGGGGAGGCUGUAAGGGACCUUCUGUUCUGCUUCUGUGUUUCCUUUCCGUUUCCUCCACCUUGUGCAGGCCCCUUUGGUUAACCCUUUCCCCCCCCC